AUGGGUACCAAAGUCGCUCGUCCCGUCCACCCUACUUCUUUCCUGCAUCCCGUAUGCCUCAUGCUGCCUACCGGAUUCUGCUGGUUCUGCUCUUUCUACAAGGACCCUCACAACGAGUGGAUCAAUGACUGCCCCAAGCCUCCCGAGGGUGUGCAGCUGGCCAACGCGCAGACACAUCUCUCCACACUGCCUCCACAGGAUGCGCAGCUGUGCGGCGCGAAUGGUAGCAGCCAUCUCUUCAUCCCCGCAGGUCACCUCGAGCAUGAGGGUGUUGUCUUCUACGUAGAACCUGGUGCCUGCAUCGACAGCGGCGGCACCUGGGUUGUCGAACCCUCCCCCGGGGGUUGUGACAUCUCUAUGGACGCCCUCGCCAACGCCGACUUGAGCAAAGCUGUGCUGGACAACGUAAUUGCGCGCGACCCCUCUUCGCACCUGGCACCCGCCGGCAGCAGCGAGCACGAGCACUUCGUCAGCAACGUGGGCUUCCUCACUUUCGCCCUCUGCGCCUUCAUCUUCUUCAUCUGGGCUAAGGACCUCCUCGAGUUCGUCCAUGCCAAGCGAUGGGUGCGAUUGCACGACGACACCUCGGUAACCGGUCCCGUAGUUGAGGAGACUAAGGAAAAGGGCGAUAUGGUGGACGAGGACCGCAACGGCGAUCACGCAGGUGAUUGA